UCAUUCAUGGUGUUCAUUAAACAGAAAAGGUUAAAAGUGGAGAAAGAAUCACUGUAUUCAUCUUUCUACUCUUCUCCAAACCAUCUCAACAAUCAAAUAUGGCAUCCACCCGUGAACCAGCUUUUGUAGCACCUUCAGCUAUUAUCGCAUUGGACAAACGUCCUUUGAAGGAAACGUUUACGCUGCCCGAUCUAACACCGGUUCAAUUUGAUGAAGAUGAAAGUACACAUCAUAUCAAGAUCUCACUUGGGACAUCACCGGAAGAAAAGCAAGAUAACUCACACGCCCGCUAUCCUCGAUCAAAAGAAGAACAAGAUGCAACGCUACAGCCAAUCAUCGAAUUUGUCCCACUAGGAAGAAAGGCAAAAGCCAGUCAUUUACAGGUAAAGGAAGAUCGUGCAACACUGACAGAAGUUUUGGAAAUAAAAGCAAUCGCUGGACACGUUUCCUUCAAAGAUCUUUGGUCAGCACUGUAUGCCUUUUGGAUCAGACGUGAUGAACAUGAACGUUAUCCAAUCUUGGUCGGUGCUUCAUUUCCAAAUCGAACAGAUAUCGUUCGUUAUUUCUUGAAUUGCGGUUUAGGCUUACGUUAUCCUGACGCUCAAGGAGAAUUUGAUGUCGUCCUUGAUCGUUCUGCAUUUUGGCAAGGUGCUGGCUGUCCUCUCUCACGUUCUUGGUUACGUGCACCUGAACCUUCUCCCAAAGAAUUCGGAGAUGUGAUGGGAACUGCAUUCCCGCUUGUUCAAUCGUUCACACGUUCAAACGAUCCUCCCGUGUUAACAACCCAUCCUUUACGUCCUCCAAAACCAUCUGCAGGCACAAUCAUUUAUUCACGCUAUGUUCAUUCUGUCAAAUCGCAUUAUCAACUCACAAUAAUCGAUUGGCGUAAAGAAGAACAUUUUAGUCUUUAUGCAAAAUGGCAAAAUAGCGAUCGUGUAAAUCAUGGUUGGCGUGAACGUGGAGAUGAAGAUCAUCAUCGUAAAUACCUUCAAGAACGCGAAGCUGAUCCACAUAGCAUGGGCUUACUUUCAAGUUGGGAUGGAGAAUAUGCCGGUUAUAGCGAAAUAAAUUGGUGCAAGGAAAACGGAAUGAAUGCAUUCGUGGGCGGAAUGGGAGACUACGAUCAAGGUACGCAUUCUUUCGUCGGAGAGGAAAAGUUCAGAGGUCGUUAUCGAUUCGCGCAUAAUAUGAUCAGCUUGAAACAUUUCUGUUUCUUGCGUGAAUUCAGGACCAAUAUCGUCAUAGGAGAGCCUCGCUUUGACCUCGAUAUCAUUCCUUUAUUGUCUGCUUAUCUACCCCAAAGUUUCCGAAAGGAGAUCGAACUUCCUCACAAAAGAGCCGUUCUGUUCAUUUUGCAUCGCGAUCGCUUCUUUUCCGAGGGAAUGUUCUACUAGUGUAUUGCAUGUUUGUGCGAAUAGAGUGCCGGAUAAUACAAUGACUAAAAUGUUCAGAAUGUGUCUGUGUUGAUUAAAUUUCUCUCUUUGUCGAUAUCCAUAACAAGUCCUUUCCC